UAGAGUCGUCCUCGACCUCUGUUAAACUUAAUAUAAAUGCAAAAACUCCAACAGUUGUAGAAUUGUCCAUUUCUCUUCUUUCCUUCCUUCUGUCUGUCUGUCUGAAUUUUCAUUCUCAUUCGAUCCUGCAAACAUGCCUCAUGGAACGCUUGAAGUCCUUCUGGUUGGGGCCAAAGACCUUGAAGACGAUGAUUUUUUCGGUAAAAUGGAUCCCUAUGUCAUUUUAACCUUACGGACUCAAGAGAAGAAAAGCACUGUGGUAGAAGGGCAAGGAUCUGAACCAGAAUGGAAUGAAACUUUUCAAUUCACGGUCUCAUCGGAUGAUGUUACCGAACUCAACUUAAAAAUAAUGGACAAAGAUACCUUCAGCGCAGAUGAUUUUGUUGGAGAAGCAACCAUUCCUUUAGAAUCAGUGUUCAUGAAAGGAAACAUAGCACCAUCUAAAUACAAUGUUGUCAAUGCGGAAAAGGAAUAUCAUGGAGAGAUUACAGUUGGACUCAUUUUCACCCCUGAGAGAACUAGCCAUCGUGCAGUCGACUGUGAUGAAUAUGGGGGGAGUGAUGGUGGCUCUAGGAGGAGACAUGGCGAUUCCAGGGGGGAGAGGCAUGGUGAUGACUAUCAGGGGAGCUACGGUGAUGACUCAAGGAGGAACCAUGGUGACUCUAGGGAGAGGUAUGGUCAUGAUGACUCUAGGAGGGGCGGCCAUGGUGACUCUAGGGAGAGGUAUGAUGAUGAUGACAGCGGGGGAGGCUAUGGUGAUUCCAGGGGAAGGAGUGGUGGACGGAGAGAGUCAUCUAGGUAUGAGAAGGAGGAGGAAAGCUAUGGUGGAUACAAAGAAUCAUCGUACCGAGAUUGCCAGCAGGCAAAUGAUAUCAGAUACUCGGGUCAUUCUUCCAAAGUCGUUCCAGCUUUGAAAACUGAAGCACUACGUGUAGACUACUCCUCCUGCAUCUUCUCCCUUCUCUGUGGAUUUCAUCUUUCAUCCGAUCCAAUCAUGCCUAUUGGGACACUUGAAGUUCUUCUUGUUGAUGCCAAAGGCCUCGACAACAAUGACUUUAUGGCUGACAUGGACCCCUAUGUCCUUUUGACUGUAAAUACCCAAGAGAAGAAAAGCACUGUGGUUUCAGCUCAAGGAUCUAACCCAGAAUGGAAUGAGACUUUUCUAUUCACUAUCUCGGACGAUUCUGCUGACCUUCACUUGAAAAUAAUGGAGAAGGACAACUUCAGCGCAGAUGAUUAUGUUGGAGAAGCAAUCAUUUCUCUAGAGCCAGUUUUCGAAGAAGGAAGCCUUUUGCCAACUGAAUACAAUGUUGUUAAUCAGGAGAAGGAAUAUCGUGGCGGGAUUAAAGUUGGACUCAAAUUCACUCCUGAGGCUGAGCCUGAAGAGAGAAGCGAGUAUCGUUCUGGCGAGGGCGCUGAAGCAGAGGAGAGCUAUGGUGGAUGGAAACAGUCUUCUUAUGGCGAGGAGUAAGGGUGGAUAACAGUCAUCGAAUUCAGGAUGACCUUAAGAGAUGUUCAUUUAGCUGCCUGGUGUUGUCCUGUAUAUUUGCCUCAAGUUGUUUGAUAAACUUGAAAUAAUUAAUCUGCUUUACUGAUUUGAUUGUUUCAUACAUGUUUUACCUCAUUGUACCCAAUCUCUACUUAAAACAAUGAAGUUAGUUGUUUCAGUUAACUUACAAACAGAUCAUUCAUCGUCUA